CUGACCCUUAUUUUUCCUUUUUGGCCAGCAAACAAUAUUAUUUCAGCUGUAUGGCAAAAAGCCUGCCUAAUGAAGGCUUCCUGGCAGAUUGUUGUAUGUAUAUUUUUAACAGGAGCCAUUAAACAGGAGAGCAUCAUGUAAGUUGUUAGAAUAUGGCAGAACUGCUUCCUGUGGCUUCUAGCAGCCAAGGUGAAGGGGUCAUAUGAGCAGACUGCCUGCAGAAAGGAGCAGCAGCAGUCAAGCAGUGGUUCGUGGUGUCCCUUUAUGGGGAUGGAUUGAACAAUGAAGCUGUGAAGAUGUGCCGAAGCAGUCCGUUAAAUUAUUAUUUUUCCAGCCCUCCAGAACUGUUUACGUGCUGUCUGCCCUGCCCUGUUUUACCCAGCAGUUUCAGAAAGCAAGAAAAGCACAGUCUUAAACCCAUGUUGUUUGGAACAAACUGACUGAAGUCCUAGGAGCACCUAAGGGUAGUACAGAGCCACUGUUACUUCUUUUCUCUCCAGUGUUUGCAGGGAAAAUUGCUUUUUUGCCUAUAAACAAACAAACAAACAAAAAAAGCAGCUCAGCUAAACCUGCACAGUAGCUUCUGCUGUGAUCUAAGAUAGUUGUACAAGGAGAAAAUGAGGAUACAGAGCACUCCUCUGAAGGGACAGGGUCGCCAUCUCUGUGGCCGCCUCAAAGUAAACAUAUUUCUUCAAGACUGGAUGGAGAGUUGGUUUCUUUUUUUUCUUUUUUUUUCCAAAUAACCUUGUUAACAAUGUACUGUAAUUCCUUUCAACAGUUCCAGAAAACAACCAACCAUGGACUCGGGAAACAUACAAGAAACAUGCUAGUGGACCACUAUUUAUGGGACAUGGAAAGCCAUCCAUGAGGGUUGCCAGUUGUGAUGGACCUGGUCUACAUACAGAAUUCAUGUUGCAUUUAAGGGACCAGGAGAAAGGGAAAGAGAAGGUUUAUCUUUUAAGGCCAUGUAAUAUGUUUUUCCUUACAUAGUUCUUCACAGGUUGUCUUGGUUGUUUAAGGCAUUCUGGUGGUUGCAAAAACAUGACUAGAACUCCAUUGACUCCUGGUGGGAUAUACUGUGUAUGUCUGAAUUUCCAUUCAUUGCUGGAAAACUCAUCUGUGCAUAUCAGGAUACAUUUAUUUAUAAAACAGACACAAAGAAGGAUGCUGUGUCUUAGAGGUCCUUGAGACAGAGAACUUGAGAAGUUUUUUUUAUUUGUUUUCUCUUGUACUGCACUGAGUGUGAUUAUGGGACUCUUCUAUAGAUAUUCCCAUGGAUUCAGAUGUGGAUUACCCAUGUCAAUUAGCAUUACACAUUGUGGUAUCAGAUUUUAUGGAAUUAAAGCUCUUUGACAUGAGGGAACUCCACACUCAGGCUGCACAAGAGCAAAUCUGGUUCCUUGUGGGCAAAGCCUUCUAGCAGGCAUGGCUUUGGUAAUUAAUGUAUCUGUUAAUGUGGCAUGGAAAUAGUAUUGAGAUAAAUCAGUUGGCCAAUACUGGCCAGCUGAGAACUGUUCUGAGGUAACUCUGAAGUGACUUGCAAAACGUGGAUUACUUUUUUUCCUAGGAUUUCUCUUCUCUUGCUGUACCACCAUACUGAGGCACUAAUGAGCUGGGUAGAAUUAACAUGAACCAGAGCUCCCAUUUGGUCAAGUGCAGUGAUGAGUGAGUGACCUUACGUUCUGUGGAUUUGGCAGCCCAGCCACUGUGGCAGUGUGGAGAAACAACCACAAUGCCCAGUAACUUGAAUACAUGUUGCUGAGGACUUUGGAAUUACAAUGUUGAGCCUUGCAAUGGUUUUUAUGUGGGAAGAGAGUAGGGAGAAUUUUGUCAUGGCUUUUUUCAGACUGCUGCUAAUUUAAUAACAAGCCAGAAAUGCUACAAGUAGUAGGAAAAUAGCAGACUUGGAAAUGGAAGACUGGGAUACUAGAGGAUUGUGGGAGCAAUUUUAAGAAUCUUAAAAGUUUGACAAUAGAUGAACGUCAGAUAUAUUCCCGUUAUUGAUCUUGCACAUGUGGGGUUUAAAAACUACUUUGCUCUAUUCACCUUUGUUGGAACAGUCCAUGAAUGAGGACAGUUUUACCAGUUAUUUAAAAAUGAAAACUAUUUAAAACAGAAAACCAUUUUAAAACAUUUUUGAACUCCAGUCUUUCCUCAUCAAAGUUUCUCUGCCCUGCAGCAGCAGCACUCUCGGGCUAUUGGCCUGACUCCAGGUGAAGUAAUUCUUAGUAUCAGAAGUUGAAUGAAUUGCCUGUGAAAGAAGCAAGUCUGGAAAUGGAAGUACCACAAAAUUUCCUUCCAAAAUAAGGAACUACAGUGAUUGCACAGAUGGCAAAGGUUGCACAGAUUUUUUUCUCCAUUUCUGCAGUGCAGAAGGAAUGGGAUGUAUUAUUAUUGUUUGUAAACCAGAGCAACCCAAAGAUCUCUCUAAGUUGUAUCCCACAGAAGUGUAAAUCCAGAGUCCUCUCAGUUGCCUGGAAGGUCUGUGUUUUGUUUGGAGAUGCUGUCCCUUGGAGGCAUUCUGGGUCAGAUUCUGUAUUUUCCUGGAGGAAAAAGAAAACAAUCCCAGCCUGCGCACCCUGAUCUUGCACCUCUUGGACUGCUCAGGCCCCAUCUCUUAUUUAACUGUGUAUGUUUAUUGUACAUUUGGUGACUGUUGUUGUGUUCAGAGUCUUGUGCAACCUGACAGGUGUAAAAAAAAAAAAACCAAACCAACCUUAAAAUAAUAAAUCUGUUUCUCUUUUUUUUUUUUUAAUCACUCACGAUGACCAAUCUGUUCAUUGGGCUAAGGUGUGAGGUGGAGGGUGAGUGAGGUGGAGUGUGGAUAGAUGGGAUGAUAACAGUAUAGCGGUUACAGGGAAAAAUACAUUUGCUGCUCUCUGGAUGGAUCACAGAAUUUCCGACCUCCCACAACAGAGUCCAGGGGAGGAUAAGUGGAGAGUGGACUGGAGUGGAGCCCCUGUGUCUCUGUUGAAACCCUUGCAAAGUAUGGAAUUUUAAAAACUAUUUUUAAAUUUAAAUUUGAAAGUUCUUUCUAGCUGAUCAGCUGCACAGCAUCUGAAAACUGAAGGAGUUGAGAAUGAUGUCCGUUGAAUCAGCAAACCAUGACAAAAUCCCUCUAGGAGCAACUGCUGUCCCCAUCCCAGGGUGAUUUCAGGUACUAUCCGGACAUAUCCACUCCAAUCACUCACUAAGAUGUGACUUGAGUCACUCAAGCUCCACCUAAAUGUAAAGAAAGAACAGGUUAAAAACAGGGAGAAGGUAGAGUCCAUCGUGACUUCUGCACUGAAUCUGUCUUUUGCUCAUUGGGUAAGACCUGCACUCUGAUUUCUCGUGUGCCAAGUUGUGGCAGAUUAGAGCUUCUCUGUACAUUGCCUUACUGUCACCUGCAAUCCUGAACCUUAACCCGUCGAGAUUUUAUUAAAUGAGUGUUAUUCGGGAAACUGUUAAUGUGCGUCCUUGGAGGGGGCUGGCAGUGGGUAAAGGUGCGGAGAGAGGAAGAAUCUCCGUUUGCUGUAUGAAAAUUUGCAUUAAAAUUCAAAAUAUUCAGCCUUUCAACACUUCAUUGUAAUAUUACCACACCAUCUCAAUGACUAAUCCACUGCACAGGACUGCAGUCAAGCCGUAUAAAUCUGCCACUGAUAGGUGGCUUCAGCAUUCCACAACUACCGCAUUUUUAGGAGAACUUACAAACUUGCCCUCUUGUAGGCCACUGCACUAUCGCGGCCUGUUGUGACUCCAGGGCCGUGCGCAUGCGCAGUUCGGCAGGGCGGGGCGUUUGCGCAAGCGCGGCAGCGCCGCCGCCUUCCGCCUUCAGCCGGGCCGCGUGAGAGCUCAGAGCGGUCCGGCUGUGUCGCGCCGGAGGGGACGGGGCUCCUGGCCCUGUCACACCUUCAACCUGAGGCAAACUCCACCUUAGACCUGACCUUCGCUUCUGCACCCUAAAACCGCCUUUUGGAUUUAAAUGUAGUCUGUCCUGGUUUUUAACAGUGUUGACAAGAGUUCCUGCAGGAGCAGGAGGGCUGGAGGAUGGAUUCCCUGGAUCACAUGCUCACAGACCCCCUGGAGCUGGACGGCAGUUGCACACGGAUUAUGGAGGACUGCAUGCUGGGCCCCACCCGGGUCAGUCUGCCUGAGGACCUCCUGGAGGAUCCUGAGAUCUUCUUUGAGGUUGUCAGCUUGUCAACAUGGCAGGAGGUCCUGACAGAUGAGCAGCAAGAGCACCUAAAAAAAUUCCUGCCUCACUUCCCUGAGAACAACCAAGAGCAUCAGAACAAACUCAUCUCAGCGCUGUUCAGUGGGGAGAACUUUCGGUUUGGGAACCCGCUGCACAUCGCCCAGAAACUCUUCCGGGAUGGACACUUCAAUCCCGAGGUGGUGAAGUACCGGCAGCUCUGUUACAAGUCGCAGUACAAGCGCUACCUGAGUGCCCAGCAGCAGUACUUCUACAGGCUGCUCAAGCAGAUCCUCGCUUCCCGCAAUCACUUGCUGGAAUUAGCCAGGAAAGGAGGCCCUGACAUGACACUAAGGAGAAAGCACUUCCCAACAACAUACGACUCGGAAGAACGAGACAGACGGACACAUCGGCGCUACUUGAAGAUCCUGAGGGAAGUAAAAGAGGAGUGUGGAGACACUGCCUUGUCUUCUGAUGAAGAAGAUCUAAUCUCUUGGCCUCCACGUUCUCCAGCACGUUGUUCAAGUCCUCCAGUUCCCCUGAGAGUGAUCCCCACGUUGUCAACCUUGGACAUGAAAACUGCAGACAAGAUAGAACUUGGAGAAAGCGAUUUAAAGAUGAUGUUGAAGAAGCACCACGAGAAACGAAAACGUCAGCCUGAUCACCCAGAUCUAGUCACGACAGACCUGACCCUUGAGGACAUCAUGACUCGAGUGAAUGGUGGCAGGAAAGGUUCCUUAGCAACCUUAUUUGACCUCGCAACCCUCAAGAAAAAGGUGAAGGACAAGGAAGAUAAGAAAAAAAAGAAGCCAAAGAUUGUUAAAUCUGAGGUGGAAGAUUUGGCUGACUCUCUUGGCAAUGCAGAUGGACUCCCAUCAAUGUCUCAGGAUUUUUCCCCCCUCCCUCUGUCAUCUGUCAAAGAGGAACCUCUUGAAGAUAUGAAGCCAUGCCUUGAAGUAAAUGAAAUAUCAUCCAGCUUCUUUUUCCUUCUUUUGGAGAUACUGUUUCUGGAAGGACCUGCUAUUCUCUCUGUGCUUGAAGAUAAAGUUCUCGAUUGGCAAUCUUCUCAUGCCAGUGCACUAAAUAACUGGUUUUCCUUUGCCCCUAAUUGGUCUGAAUUGGUUUUACCUGCCUUGCAGUAUUUGGCAGGCGAUAGCAGAGAUGCUCCUUCCAGCUUCUCACCUUUUGUUGAAUUCAAGGAGAAAACUCAGCAGUGGAAAUUGCUUGGUAGUUACCAAGAUCAUGAGAAGGAACUGGCAGCACUGUUUCAUCUCUGGUUGGAGACCAAAGACCAGACUUUUUUCAAAGAAAAUGAAGACAGCUCGGAUGCCAUGCCACUGCCCAGAGUAAGGACUGACUAUGUAGUCCGGCCUAGCACGGGAGAGGAGAAACGGGUGUUUCAAGAGCAAGAGCGUUACCGUUACAGCCAGCCCCACAAAGCCUUCACCUUCCGGAUGCAUGGCUUUGAGUCGGUUGUUGGUCCUGUGAAGGGAGUGUUUGACAAGGAAACCUCCUUAAACAAAGCCCGGGAACAUUCUCUCCUGCGCUCAGACAGACCAGCAUAUGUCACCAUUUUAUCCCUUGUUCGUGAUGCUGCUGCUCGCCUUCCUAAUGGAGAGGGAACUCGAGCUGAAAUCUGUGAGCUGCUCAAAGACUCCCAGUUCUUAGCUCCAGAUGUUACAAGUGCUCAGGUUAACACUGUUGUUAGUGGUGCUCUGGACCGAUUACAUUAUGAGAAAGAUCCCUGUGUGAAAUACGAUAUUGGGCGGAAGUUGUGGAUCUACCUGCACCGGGACAGGAGCGAGGAAGAGUUUGAACGCAUCCAUCAUGCUCAAGCUGCUGCAGCAAAGGCCAAGAAAGCUCUUCAGAAGCCAAAACCUCCAGCUAAAAUGAAGUCGAGUAGUAAGGAGGGUACUGUGAAAGCCCUCCCCACCAGCACAGCAGAUCCCAGUCAGCUGAGCCUCAGUGACUCCAGCAUGCCACCAACUCCUGUGACUCCCAUGACACCAACUGCCCCUGCAUUGCCAGCCACACCCAUCUCACCUCCACCGGUGUCUGCAGUCAGCAAGAGUGUAUCUGGUGCUGGGUCAGAGCCAGCAAAACCCAGCCAGAGCGUUCUCCUAGUGUCUUCUCCCGCCAUGCCCCAGCUGGGGACGUUGCUGUCCCCAGCUCAGAGCUCACAGGCGCAGCCAGGGCCAGCGCCCACCCCGCGUGUGGUCAGUCACAGCAGCUCCUCAGGCCUGCCACAGGUCCGUGUGGUCACUGCCCAAUCCAGCCUCCCAACUAUGUCCCAGCAAGCCCCAGUGGUCACCCAGCAGCAGCAGCAGCCCACGUCAGUGCCUCAAAUCCGUGUUCCAGCUACAACCACACAAACCAAAGUGCUCCCUCAGGCUGUGAUGACUCUGCCUGUAAAAGCUCAAAGUAGCCCUGUGCAGGUGCCAAGAGCAGGAAGCUCCAUGGCCAGCCAGGCAGGUAUCACUGUGACGGGGCUGCCUGCAGUGCCUAGCCCUGCUGUGAAGCCAGUGACCAGCUCUCCAGGCAGUUCUGCUGCCAGCACCUCCUCCACCACUAUCAUUCAGAACGUGGCUGGCCAGAACAUCAUCAAGCAGGUGGCUAUUACAGGACAACUCGGUGUAAAGACCCAGGCUGGAAGUGGCAUUCCACUCACAGCAACCAAUUUUCGGAUCCAAGGGAAGGAUGUGUUGCGCCUGCCCCCAUCCUCCAUCACCACGGAUGCAAAGGGACAAACAGUGCUGCGCAUCACUCCAGAUAUGAUGGCCACCCUGGCUAAGUCUCAAGUCACUACUGUCAAACUGACUCAGGACCUCUUCACAGCAGCUGCGGGAAGCAGUGCUGGUGGGAAAGGCAUCUCUGCGACUUUGCACGUGACAUCCAACCCUGUCCAGACUGCUGAGUCUUCAGCCAAGACAAGCACGGUGUCUCCUGCCUCUUCCAGCCCAGCCGGAGGCACUGUGGUUAAAGUGACUCCUGACUUAAAGACUGCAGAGCCAACAAGUUCUGCUUUCCGCCUGAUGCCUGCCCUGGGCAUGACUGUGGCAGAUCAGAAGAGCAAAGCCAUAACCACGGUGGCAUCGACGGAGGCCAAGCCAGCUGCCACUAUCAGAAUUGUGCAGGGGCUGGGGGUGAUACCCCCCAAAGCUGGGCAGACCAUAACGGUAGCCACUCAUGCUAAGCAGGUGCCCUCCUCCUCGGCGGUGAGCAUUGCUGGCACAGGCCACACCUCCUUACCCACCAUGAGUGCCACAGUGUCCAAAGCAGUUGCUGUGGCCUCAGGAACUGCGGGAACCCCCAUAACCAUUGGUACAGGAGCCACGGCUGUGCGGCAGGUGCCCGUCAGCACCACAGUGGUAUCUACAUCCCAGGCAGGCAAACUUCCAGCACGGAUCACAGUACCCCUGUCAGUGAUCAGCCAGCCAGUGAAGGGCAAGAGCGUGGUCACUGCCCCCAUCAUCAAGGGCAACAUCGGCGCCAACAUCAGUGGAUUAGGCAGAAAUAUCAUUCUGACUACAAUGCCAGCAGGGACUAAACUGAUUGCUGGGAACAAGCCUGUGAGUUUUCUGACUGCACAGCAACUACAGCAGCUGCAGCAGCAAGGCCAAGCCACACAGGUGCGAAUUCAAACAGUUCCAGCCUCCCAUCUCCAGCAGGGAACAGUCUCUGGCUCAACUAAAGCAGUGUCCACUGUGGUUGUGACAACAGCUCCAUCUCCAAAGCAGACUCAGGAUCAGCUGUGACCACUGGUUUUAACAUGGAUCACUUUCUAAGAACUUCCCUGAGCCUGUUGUCAUCCUCCAUCCAACCAAACACAUGAGGCUGCCUAACCCCAGCCAUGGCUUGGAAUUGGACUGGGUUCUGCCCUUGCUUCUCCAGGGUCAGCACUGCCAUGUCUGGGUAGAAAUUCCACAGAAAAAAACAUGCUGUACCUGCAAAACAAAAUGUUUCAAUUCAGACGUGAAAAUCCAAGUUCUGUGGAAUUGUUGUUUUAAGAAAUGUCUUGCUGUUUUUUGUCCAAAGGACUUUUGGCAAAUACAGUUCCUGUGCAUUUUCAGUUGUAGACAAAGCAGUUAUCCUGGAUCUUCAUUAAGCAGGGAAGGUUGCUUGGAAGGGGUUAUUCAGUGGCUUUUUAAAGUCAUGGAGAAGAUGUCUGCUUUUACUGGAGUCUGGCUGUCACUACUGUUACCUAGUGGCUCAGGAUGGUGCCUUCGACACCAGAGUUAUUGUAGCUUACAUCCAUGUCAGGUUACUGUCAAAGACAGGGUGAGAGUCAAAGUGUGCUUUUUGCUGUAACAGAGUGAGCAUGGGGGAGAGGGAGAUGAGAUACAGAAAGUCACUGUGUGAACAAGUCUGUCAGCAAAUGGGACUGUAGUGGAAAGGAAAAUGUUGAUGUUCACAAGAACAAUCCUCUUUUAGUUUUCUUCAACAUAGAAACCUUUUUAUCAGUGGAAACAAACUGUACCUUGAUUUAAAAGGUUGGAAUAUGUUUUCAAAUACACGCAAACUGUUGUCUCUUGGGUUCUGAAGAAAUACUUUAAUCCGUGACCCUAGCUGUUAGUUUUGGUUUUACUUUUGUAGUUUUAUCUGUCUAUGUAAAUAUUUUUGAAUUUUGCACAUACUGGAGAUGAAUUUGUGACUGUUCUGACAUGACCUUGAAACUGAAUGAGAUCAAAAGAUGUGCUGGACCAGGAGAAGAAUAAAAGUGGAGAAAGCCUUA